UCUAUAUAAACCUUUAAAUAAACAAAUUCAGUCUGAAAAAAAAAAUCAGAUUUAGAACUGAAGUACACAAAUAUGAGUCGCCUUGUCACAUUCUUAGCUCUUCUCUUAGUGCUCUUCAGCACCACCGUGACAGGCCAAAUACAACUAGGACAGCCAGGAGGACAGGCAGCAAUUCCAUGUAAUCAGGUGAUUAAUGAGCUGUCACCGUGUUUAUCUUACCUCCACAGUCAAUACUCCUCACCCUCGACUAAUUGCUGCCAAGGCGCUAAGUAUGUAUAUAAGCAUUACGGGAAAAGCAAGAAGAAACGACAGGGAGUUUGCCAAUGUCUCGAGUCUGUACUGCCUCUUAUAGGACAGAUUGAUGGUUCACUCAUCUCUGCUCUUCCUCAACGGUGUGGGUUGAAACUCAAACUUCCUCCCAUCAGUCAAAACUUUAACUGUUCCCAGGUUAAAUGAUCGAAACAAAGAUGAAGAAUGAGGAAGAUUUUAAUAAUUAUAGGAAAAGAAAGGUUCUAUGGAGUUGUAAUAUGUAGUAGCUGUUACAAAAUGACAAGAGUGGUACACAAAAUGUGGGAUAGAGGAUUUGAAUUCGUUCAAUAAAACAUGCUAAAUUACAGAGUUUUUUUUUUUUUUUUUUUUUUUUUUUUUUUU